CAAAGGCCAGCCAAGGGAGAUCGUAUGUCAGCCAUCUCGCGUCGCCACGAAAACACGACAGUCGUUCGUCAUGCCUUGGAUAUAACAGCAAAUCCUCCACGGCACCUGCUUUAUAUAACGCAAGAAGGCAGCUGCAAGGACACGAGGAUGUGAAAGAGCCAGUGCAGCGCGACUUCACGUAGUGCAGAGGAGCCAAUGUCAAAAAAUCAAAAUACAUUGGCAUGCAAUUUGGACAAGAAAACUAGGACAACCCAGGACGUGCAUUUCUCAGCACCCAGUCAACUGCCAGAAGCGACUCGAACACAGGCCACCAGUGGCACUCGGCUGUACCACUGCAGUGCUGCAGAAAUUGCCAGCACCAGCGGCUUUGCAACAGCUGUUUCACAGCAUGUCGGAGACAAUGCCUACGAAAUUAUUGGCCCUGAUGACGAGAGCCCUCAAGGGGCAAACGACAUCUCUGUUGCAGAAGUGAGCCCGAUACCACCUGAAGUUACCAUGACAGGUGGCACGGCAGCAAUAGAUACAGAGACUGCCAUGUCUACUGCAGCUGCAACAGUGUACGAGGCAAGCAGCAGUGUGUCAGCAUCAGCAGCAGUGUCAGAAGGAACCGCACCAGGCCUGGUAGAGCAACAUGUGUGCUAUCACUGUGACUUUUAUUGUAGUGCAUACAACUCAUUUGCUCAACAUACAAAAGCUUUUCACCACGACUGUGAGCCAGUGUUCUUGUGCAGCAAGUGCAAGACUAAGUUAAGUGUUAUAACACAGUACAAGCAUCACUUUAAGAUAUGAAAACAUAUUACAGUUGUUGCCUCCCCAGCCAGCCCACAUAGCGACAACAAUGUGGAACACAUGGUGGGACACACAUCUUCUCCAUUAGAAGAUAGUAGAGACUGUCAGUGUUGUUGUUAGAUUAACUGGUCUUUGUAGGCAACUAGAAGGACAACACAGGUGUCAUAAGAUUGUUGUUUAUGUUGUUGUUGAAGAGGUAAAAAAGAAGCUUGAUGCAGCUGAAGUGCCAACUAAUAUUGAGCAAAUCAAAAACAACCACCUGAGAAAGCAACACUAUCGAAAUUUGGGUAUCUAUGUGCCGCCAAAUCUGGUAAGGAUGGCAUAGGACAGAAGUGUGUUGAAAAUCACACAGACACUGCUGUUUCAUCACUGGUCACAGUGAGCAGUGACUUGUAGGGCAAGAGAGUCAACUGAAACGAACAUUAUGGCAUAGUGUCAUGCUCCCAUGUGACCACUUUCCAUGUUAUUUUGCAUGAUACAGCUCAACCUCCAGAAACGAGACUGCAACCUGUCUGUAAAAAGCUUUCACAAAAAAUUAUUCAUAACACUAUUAACACAGCAGUAUCUUCUUUUUUUGUGGGUUCGAGGUUCCCGGGUGUCCAUUAAUGCAAAAAUUGCGGAAAAAAAGAACAUGUGCCAUACUUGCACCUUUUUAACACGUACGAGGGGGACAGAACUUUUCUAGUCAUGCAUCUUCAUCAUAUUAUCAAGUUUUUAAAUGCCUUUUAUAAUUAUUAUUACCAGUUAUAUCUGAGUGCAUUGUAUGCAUUUAGCAGGUGUAAAAUCAGGU